CAUCCCAUGGCUUUCCAAGAGAGAGAGUGAGAGAGAGAAGAGACGAGAAGAGAGUAAGCUCAGGCCAUCUCUCCAGAAAACGCACCCUAUUCCUCCAUAUAUGCGACGCUUUUGUUUUUGAAUCUCUUCCAAUUCUAUAGCAGGAGAGAAAGAGAAUUAGAGAGAGAAGAAAGAAUGUUCCCUUCCAAGAAGCCAACUAUGAAUUCACAUGAAAGGCCGAUGUGUGUCCAAGGGGACUCUGGCCUUGUCCUCACCACCGAUCCCAAACCCCGCCUUCGCUGGACGGUUGAGCUCCAUGAUCGCUUUGUUGAUGCUGUAACUCAACUCGGAGGACCUGACAAGGCCACGCCAAAAACAAUCAUGAGGGUUAUGGGUGUCAAGGGUCUAACUCUCUAUCACCUUAAGAGCCACCUUCAGAAAUUCAGGCUCGGGAAACAACCGCACAAAGAAUUAAACGAUCAUUCUGUUAAGGAUGCUUCUGCAUUAGAGAUGCAAAGAAAUGCAGCCUCUUCAACAGGGAUUAUGAGUCGAACCAUGAAUGACAGGAACGUGCAUAUCACUGAAGCACUUAGGAUGCAGAUGGAAGUUCAGAGGAGAUUACAUGAGCAGUUAGAGGUGCAAAAGCACCUCCAAAUGAGGAUAGAAGCUCAAGGCAAGUAUAUGCAAACCAUUUUAGAGAAAGCAUGUCAAACACUUUCUGGCGAGGGCAUGGCCUCGGGAGGUUACAAAGCUCUUGGAAACCAAGGAGUCAUGGAUAUGGCUGCCAUGAAAGACAUGGGCUCACAAAUGAGCUUUCCUUCACUCCAAGAUCUACAGUUAUAUGGUGGAGAUCAACUAGACAUGCAGCAACAAAUGGAUAGGCCUCUUGAUGGAUUCUUUCCAACAACUGAAGGCAUCUGUCUAGGCAAGAAGAGGCCCAACCCCUACAGUUCUAAUGGAAAGAGCCCAUUGAUUUGGGUUGAUGACCUCCGUCUGCAAGAACUGGGAUCAGCUGCAGCAUGCAUGGGCACACAAGAAGAACCUUCUAAGAGUGACCAUCUUCAAAUUGCACCAUCUAUGAUGGAUAGUGGAAUCGACAUGGACACGAUGACUGAGGUCUAUGAGACCAAACCAGUGCUCUCGACUGACAGCAUGGUUGAGAAGAAGUAUGAGGGAUCAUCAAAGCUGGAGAGGCCAUCUCCACAAAGAGCUACUCUUCCUGUGGAAAGGAUUAAUCCGAUGAUAAGAGGUGGUGCUCUACCACAGACUAGAAAUAUAUCCUACGGGUGAGGAUUGUUGAUUCUGCAAGAAAAUUCACUCCUUCAUGCUUAAAUAAUUGACUUGAGUGGGGGAUGACUAAGUAAAUCUUUAAGUCAAAUUGGCAUUAGGGUUCAUGGUCAAGUAUAAUUUACGAUGCUAUGCGAAGUACUUCAUGUUAAAAACUUUAAGACAUUUAUGUUCAUCAGUCUUCUGUUGUGUCUUAUGGGUGAGGUAGAGUUUGUCCUUGUAAGGAAGUUUGGUUUUGCAUGCUUAGAUAAGUUACUUGAUUGGAGAUUAUUCAAGUAAAUUAUAUU